CACGCCUCUCUGCGUGAAGAAUCUUUGGAGUCGGAUUUAAGCAAGUUCAACUAGCUUACUGCACAAGAAGAGCACAUUUUAUCAUUUUAACGGGACGAGGCGUGGACAUGGCCUAUCAUAACCAGUACAGACCACCUCAUUAUAACAGCGCACCGCCGGAUCAGGGCUUUUUAUGGAAUAUAUUUCAGAGGGUAGAUAAAGACAGGAGCGGGGCAAUAUCAGACACAGAGCUUCAGCAGGCAUUAUCAAAUGGUACAUGGACACCUUUCAACCCUGUGACCGUCAGAUCAAUUAUAUCUAUGUUUGAUCGAGAGAACAAAGGUGGGGUCAACUUCAACGAAUUUGCCGGUGUUUGGAAGUACAUCACAGACUGGCAGAACAUCUUCCGCACCUACGACAGGGACAACUCAGGGUUUAUCGACAAGACCGAGCUCAAACAGGCCCUCACCAGCUUUGGUUAUCGUCUUUCAGAUCAGUUCUACAGUACACUGAUUGAGAAAUUUGACCGUCAGAAGAGAGGUCAGGUGGCUUUUGAUGACUUCAUUCAGUGCUGUAUUGUACUACAGAGGUUAACUGACGUGUUCCGGCGAUAUGACACAGACCAGGAUGGCUGGAUCCAGGUGUCCUAUGAGCAGUAUCUUUCAAUGGUUUUCAACGUGGUAUAACACAAGCAUGCCUGCACACUCAUGUGCCAAACACCAAAAGUUCCUCCCCAUUAAGUCUUGCAGCAAAGACUACACAACACUACCCUCUACAGGAGGGUGCUGGGAGGGAAUCUUACGACUCUUAAUUCUGUCUGUCUGUUUGUCUGUCAUAUCAUAGUCAUAUCAUUUUUCUUUAUGAUGUUAACCAUAUUAUUAUUGUAAGAAUCUAUGGAAUAUCACUCUCUCUCUUUAAAGAAUGCAUUGUGAAAAACAUAUCAAGACUCGGUUGCAUGUUUUCUGAAAAACCUCCUUAAUGUCAAAGCAUGAACUAAUGUUUCUUUUUGUUUGGCUGAAUUCAUGUUUACAAAGAAAUACUGUGAGAGCAGGUUGUGUUUCGCCAUUAUAAGAUCCUUUUUUGGAUCGACUGUCAGCUCUUCCAUAUAUUUGUAAAGAAUUAUAUUUUUAAUCUGCACAGUAACGUGACAAAUUCAAUCUUUUAUUUUAGGAAGGAGGUACAAAUGGUACAAAUGCUUUUGUAUGCCUUUUUCAUGCAUGAUGCCUUACAACUGUUAAAAUAACUAAAAUGAUAGCUGUUUUAUUAAAAACUGGAAAAUGUUUGAAAAUCUUUGCAUUUUCUUAGAAUCUUUUGUUUGUUUUUGCUCUUCAAGAAUGGCAUAGAUAUGUAUGGCUGAUAGACCCGAUUUACAGCAGAGAUAAACAUGAAGGACAGGGUAUAUAUACCUACCAAACCUCUAAUAGUAUUCAAAGCUACAUAUCAUUACUGUUGAAUUUGAGGAACAAAUAUUAAUUUGUUUUGACGUUUAGAUAAGUUGUUUUAAAUGAGUUUCUCUUCUUUAUUUGUAGCUCAAUUCUGCCCCCUGGUGUUUACUUUAGUGCAGUGUAUGCAUUUGCUUUUCAAAAACAUAUCUACCCCAGCAAUCUAUUUAAACAUAUUAAAUGAAUUAUUUAAACAUAAUAUCAAAUUAACAUGAACCUUUUUUCGAUUUUUUUUUUCAUCAAUUUCUUCAAUGAAAAUGUCUUUAGAUAACAAAAUUUGUAAAUAUCUAAAUUAAAAAAGCAGGGAAUGUGGAAAAAAUAGUAUGAGAAAAAGUCUUCUAAUUUAAAUGUGGAUAUUUUGGUUGGAUGUCAUUAGACAUCAAAUAGUCCAGAGAUUUUCAAACUUUUUGAUGCCAAGGACCUCCCUUGAUGACCCUGUUCUAAAAUAAGUAAAUGUCACUACAUAUUAAUGUGUAUGAAGCCCAAAGAAAAAAAAAGUGAAGUGUGAUAUUAUAAAGACAAUUUAAAUACUUAGCUUUUAUACUGAAGCCAAAAGAAACUAUUAAGGUAUUAUCUGUAGGCAUGCACUGAUGUAUCAGCCAAUUAUUGACCAAAGUACAACCAUUGGCUAUAACCAUCGAUGUAAACCAGCAAUAUCAACCAUAAUUUUUUUUAUUUGUAUUGAUUUGAAAAUGCCGAUAUAUAAAAUUUAUUUCUUUAUAAUUAGUUAUGUAAUUUCUUUUGCAUUGUAUUAAAUGUAUAUAUAAUUUUUGUAUGUAAUAUAAAGAAAUACCUACCAAAAUAAAUGAAAUCUGAAAAGUAAAGCAUGUC